AUCCUAGGAUUACUAAGUAUACCAUGGUUAAUCGAACAAGUAGGUUCAUAGGGACUUGUACAAUUGUUUGCGGCUUUCAAGACAGCCAAUGAGGACUCAGAAAAUGUUGCUUAACGACUAACAGACUAUUCAGGAAUCAGUGGCCCAAACACCAUGACCGUGGAAGUCAGAGUUUUGGUGCUAGCGCUUCGUCGAAGGCUGACAAGUAACUAGUCGGGAAACACCAUGGAGGUUUACCUUAUAUAGAGCGAAAGUAACUGAGUCUAGUCUGCUCUGCUAAAAACCACUAUUCUUUCCACAAAGAAAACAGCAAGAGGAUAAAUGGAGUCAUGGAAAUUGUUGAAAUUGCCGGGGCGCGAUGUGGCCGGCUUCGGUCAAAAUUUGACCACCGGCGAAGAUGUUACUUUAACAUCUCAUGAAGAUGAAUCUGCACUGGCUUAUAAUGUGUUCGCAUUGAAUGCAUUAACUGGAGGUCCCGGCAUCCCUAUCUAUCACUGGCAUGGCAAACACACAAACAAAUAUAUCCUAAUCAUAGAUCUUCGUGGGCCAAGUCUUGAGGAGGUCUUCGAAAAACACGGCCGAGAAUUCAGGGCACCGACGCUGGUAUACUUAGCCGAGCAGUUGGUAGCCCGCUUGCAGUACAUUCAUGGUCGGUCUAUAACAGUUGGCAAACUAACACCUUACUCAUGUUCUGUCGGCUCUCAGCAGUGGCGAAGCCCACAAUUACUGAUUGACCGCUUUUCACCACCCACAGGGGCUCAGACUUUUGCACAGGACCUGAAUAGCCUGGGCGAACUUCUGUUGUACUUCUGCAAUGGCUUUGUCACAUGGGAACAAUUCCAAGUCGCUAGGAAAAACAGCCAUCCAUUCACGCCAUGCGGCACACUGUCGGUUUUCGUAUGUGAACUUCUAUCACAAAACCCGCCAGAAUAUCCACGCUUGAAGCUCAUGAUUGAGCAUAUGUAUAACAGUCUGGAUGUCCCUGAGAGAUUUCUUCCAUUUUACAAUAACGAGCGAUUCAUAUCUGCCAGAAUUGACUCGAGUGGGGUUCUUUUUGCCCAUCUUGAGAAGCAUCUUGCAAAAAUUGGUUGUGAAGUGAAAGGGAAUCAAUCUUGUUUAUGUGAAAUGGUUCCGAGUUCCCUUGGUCUUAUCUUGGAUUUAUAUUAUGAGUUAUUCAUAAGGCUUCGCCCUCGUCAUUGGAAAGGUCUCUACCUUGUUAGGGCUCAUCAUUUGCCAAAUCGAUUAUGGAGAGAUCUACGCUGGUUUAUAACAGCAACAACAAAGGAGUCAACUAUAAAGCAAAAGUCAUUCGCUGAUAUGAUAUACAGUUUCUUAACAGUACUAUUCGAAACUGUUCCACAUUAUCGAAUUUACUGGACCGAGUAUCUUCUAAGCCAAGCGCAUCGUCAACGAGAAUUGGAGGUUGAUUUCAACAGGCGGCAAGCAUGGGUUUCUACGAUCCGUCACUGGGAGAUGGAACUUCACAGGCUCAAAGCUAUGCCACUGGAGUGGCUUAUUGUCUGAUUGAUAUUUUGUCUAUCUGCUACCCGGCCUGUUGACGGGGACUUGAUAUCUAAG